ACCAGCCAUCAAAUCAACAAACCGAGUUGAUUUCGAAAGAUACACUCACUGAGGAUCUAAGUCAGGUAAGUAAACUAUUACUUCUAAUUGUUUCUAGCAAUUCGAGUGAUAUGAUAAUAAACUUGUUAAUCCUUAAAGAGUGUGAGAAAAUAGUAGAUCUUUUAAAUAAAUCUAUGGAACUAAUUUCUUGUCUUAGGACAUAUCAAGUAGCUGAUCUACUUUGUGACAUAGUUUGUGAAUCACUUUGUGUUACAUUUUGUGGAAAAGAAAUGGUUCAAACCAAAAUUGUUUUACCUGUUUAUAUUGAUCUCAUGACUGUUGUAAUGCACUUGUUUCUUGCCCAAAGUGUUGAUGAACUUGCAGGUACCAACAAAGAACACACGGAACAUAAAGAUGAUUCACCGGAAGUGAGGAAAGUCGCCAACCAAAUUCAAAACCAGAGUGAACCAGCACCAUUGAUGCUAACACCAUCUAUCAUGGAGACUAGAAGAGUCUCAAACUCUUGCUUAAUCAAAGAGGAACCACCGGAUUUUAAAGUUGAAGCCCAAACCCGAGAAGGAGUUAAGCAAGUAACACGACAACUCAAAGCACUGGAUCAAAACGGAGGAGUGAUCCUAUCUUUCUUGCUCAAAGGAGAGCCACCUGAAGUACCAUGCAUCAUCAAACCGCCACCCUACCAAGGUACGACCCUAGCCUCCCAAAGUCGAAUGAAAGCUAACUUGCUUUCUCUUGGUGCAGAUUGUACAGUUUCGAGGUCGAAACUUUUUCAAGGGAGAUGGUAUGAUGCGGACAUCCAAAUCAAACCAAACCGGGAUUAUACCAAACAAGCCGGUCCAUCUAUCAAACCGGUUGAUAUGGAGCAUUUUAAAGAAUUCUUACCCAAAUGGAGUCCUAAUCAAGCACAAGGCUUAGGGUUAAUUAUUCACCAGCAAAUUAAUCCUAAGAAGACUAAUGAUGGUUCAAGAGGAAUCACAGACCAGCGAGCCGAAUCACCAUGUUGUGGGAAUUUGACCAUUGCACUCUUUUUCCCUUAUCUAGGGUUUGUCCCAAUGGGUUUACCUAGAAAGGUUUUUAACGAGGCAACAUCAAGUCAUCAAGGAAUCAUUUACCAAGCAAUUGAUUCAAAGAUGUUACAAGUACAUAUAGCUUAUGUACUUGCUGACAGACCGACUGAACUACUCGCUGAACUACUUGCUGAACUACUUGCUGAACUACCCUCUGAAGUACUGCGCCAAAUGAAGCCAAACAAGGAAAUCUCCCUUAUUCUACACUUGGACGCACCUCAAAGCUACAUAUGGAAACCAGGAGAACUUCUAGGCCACAUAAGACACGUACCACAAGAACUUUGGUACACCUUACCACACAAGAACCCGGGGAGUUACUACUUUCCAUACAUGGAGCCGAAGGAGAUCAACUUGCAACAACUCUUUCCUUCUUUGUUUGUGCGCUUGUGUGAGAAUCUUGAGACCCUCCAGAAGCUUCCAAGCCGUCACAACUUCCUCCCCAAGUUGACAAGAUACAAGGCAAACCUCACUUGCCUUAUUUGGACAUAUUCUACAAUUAAUGUCCAACGGCCAUAUCUCUUUAAUGCUGUGAUUUAUUUCUUGUUUUAGAGUAGUAGAAUAUUGUACAUGAGCCUAUAUAAGCUCAUUAUUUCGUUCAUUGUAAAACAACAUUGAAUAUUGAAAGUUAAUAGAAAGUUUGUUCUUCUUCACAAAGUUUGAGUCUUUGUGUGUUUU